UGCAAUGACUGUCUGACAGCACGCCUGAUACCCCGAAAAACCUCUUCCGACCCCACCUACUCUCAGCAAGUUCAGACAGGCCGGAGAAACUUCAGGCACUUCGUUCUGUCACACUCUGUGAUUUCUUUAAGGCGUCCUUUUGCGUCUCAGCCGCGUAUCUGUGUUGUUUAGACUUUUGCUAUCUUGUUUCAUGCUGCGUGGAUUUCUAAAGAGUUGGUGAAGAGUUUAUAGACGCAAAAAUGAGUGAAGCAGAAGACAAUGACAUUCAUGAGCUGGACUCAGAAAUAGAGGAGGGAGACGUGGAGAUGAAUUUAAUGACAGAUUUUAUUCUGAAGAGCUGCCAACAUACAAAUCUAUGCCUAAAGGUCAAGCUGUGCCGAAAGUGGACCGGGUUUGUUUCUUUUCAAUCCGCCUUUAUAAACAGAAGAAAAUGAUUAGACAAACACAUAGAAACUCAUUGCUGUAGCUGAAUUCAAUGGUAACCCUGAUUCACUGUUUUUCAAUGAUGGAAAGAGACGGAUCGACUUCGUUUUGGUCUACGAGGACGAGUCAAAAAAUGUGUCUGAGAAAAAACGCUCCAUUGUAAGGAGAAGACAAAGACGCAGAGAGUUUUUCGAAGCAAGCUUGAUGACUAUGGGUGUGGAAUUGGAAGCGACACAAUCCGUAAAGGAUGAGAAGCUCAUCUAUGUAAAAGUACACAUGCCUUUUGAGGUUUUGUGCACUUACGCAGAAGUCCUGCACAUCAAACUGCCCAUCCAGCCCAAUGAUCUGGCCCCGCAAUCGUCCGCGUACAGCUGCUUCACGCGCCACUUUUACCCCAGCGAGGACGUCAUAGCCAAGGAGCCCGACUUCUUCACGGCUCCUUUCAGGAAGGACCAGCUGAAUUGUUUUUAUGUGAAGGACAAAGAGCAGUUCUUCAUGCCGGCCACGAGGAGCAGGAUGGCGUACUACAUCCUCAGCCGAGCGCCGUAUGAAGUCAAAGGAAACGUGAAGAAGUUUGGCAUGAAUAAGCUGCUGGAUGGAGGCGUGUACAAGGCUGCAUAUCCAUUACAUGAUUGCCGAUUUAAUGUGAAAUCUAAAGAGCCCGAUUGCCCUAAUGAGCGAUUUCUGCUGUAUAAUGAGUGGGCUCAUCCCAAGAGCUUCUACAAGAUGCAGCCGCUGGACCUGAUCAGGAAGUAUUUUGGCGAGAAGAUCGGCAUUUAUUUUGCCUGGUUGGGUUUCUACACGGUCAUGUUGACUCUCGCCGCUGCGGUCGGACUCGGCUGUUUCAUAUACGGAUACACAACCAGAGAGAGGAGCACAUGGAGCAAAGAGGUGUGUGACCCUCAGAUUGGUGGAGAAAUCAUCAUGUGUCCGCAGUGUGAUCUCGACUGUCCGUACUGGAGGCUAAACACAACGUGCGAGUCGUCUAAAAGACUGUGUAUAUUCGAUAACUUUGGGACGUUAGUGUUUGCCAUCUUCAUGUCUGUUUGGGUGACUCUGUUUCUGGAGUUCUGGAAGCGCUAUCAGGCCGAACUGGAGCACGACUGGGACACGGUGGAGUUUCUUCAGCAGGAGGAACAGCCUCGACCCGAAUACGAGGCCAAAUGCGUCUAUGAGAGACUGAACCCCGUUACACAGGAAAAAGAGAAGGUGCCGUACACGGCCUGCGGGAAGUGCAUGAGAGUGUCAUGUGGCAUCGGCACAGUGUUAUUCUGGGUUCUGUUGAUCAUAGCAUCGGUGGUCGGCGUGAUCGUGUAUCGUCUGGCGAUGUUCAUCACCUUCUCUUUGAAGCUGCGCUCUGAUCUGAAGUAUACUAAGGAGCUGGAGCCGUUCAAAGAGUAUGUCACCCCUCAGAUGGCCACGUCCAUCACGGCCUCCAUCAUCAGCUUCAUCAUCAUCAUGGUGCUCAACAACGUCUAUGAGAAAGUGGCCAUCUGGAUCACUGACUUCGAGCUGCCUCGGACCAAAACAGAGUACGAGAACAGCCUGACGCUCAAGAUGUUCCUCUUCCAGUUUGUGAACUAUUACUCGUCCUGCUUUUACAUCGCUUUCUUCAAAGGGAAGGUGGUGGGAUACCCAGGACAGCCCGUCUACUGGUUUGGUGCAUUCCGCAAUGAGGAGUGUGAUCCUGGCGGCUGUCUGACUGAAUUGACCGCACAGCUGUCAAUCAUCAUGACAGGAAAAGCCAUCUGGAACAACAUACAGGAAGUUCUACUGCCGUGGGUGAAGAAUCUGAUAUUUCGUCAUUGCACCCAGGUGGGUUCGGAAAAAGUGAUUCCUCGCUGGGAACAGGACUAUCAACUCCAGCCAAUAGGGAAGCUCGGCCUGUUUUAUGAAUAUCUGGAGAUGGUGAUUCAGUUUGGUUUUGUGACUCUGUUUGUGGCGUCCUUCCCGUUGGCUCCUCUCUUGGCGCUGUUUAACAAUCUGUGUGAAAUCCGCGUGGACGCCUGGAAGAUCACGACUCAGUGUCGGCGUGUAGUUCCAGAAAAGGCCCAGGACAUCGGUGCCUGGCAGCCCAUCCUGCAGGGGAUAGCGAUACUAGCGGUGGCCACAAAUGCUGCCAUUAUCGCCUUCACUUCUGACAUGAUCCCUCGACUGGUUUAUUACUGGGCAUUUUCCGUCAGCCCUUAUUCAGAUGGAUCUAAUCACACCAUGGCGGGCUUCAUCAACAGCUCGCUGUCUGUGUUUAACAUUAAUGACUUCAGUAACAUGAGCAGACCUGACAGCAUGCCGUACUGGUUUAACAACAUCACCACAUGCCGGUAUCGUGAUUAUAGGAACCCUCCCGGUGAUCCUAAUCAAUAUGAGUUAAACAUAUAUUAUUGGCACGUUAUUGCUGCCAAACUGGCUUUUAUGAUUGUGGUUGAGCACAUAGUUUAUUUUACCAAGUUUAUGCUAUCCUACAUGAUCCCGGACGUGCCGGAAGCUCUGAAAGAGCAGAUCAAGCGUGAGCGUUACCUGACGCAGGUGAAACUGCAUGAAAGCAGCAUCAGACACUUCAAGGAACUCAUGAAGCCCGUCGCUGACAAUCUGCAGAACGAGUUUGAGGAAUCAGAGUUGGAUCUGAGACUGUGAAGCCUUAAAAAGAAAACCUACAUCCAUUACCGUCCUUCACCUAAAUGCAUGAACCUCACCCAAUCUCAGACUCAAAUUCAGUCUUAAACCUCAAACAAACACGACCAAGAAUGUUUGCAUAGUCAUUAUCAUUUUAACAGACACUUCUCAUGCGGAGUGCUGUAUUAUAUGAUCACUGUACUGGUAUCUGAAUGAAGUGCAUUACUCACUACAGAGUAAAGAUAAACAGCAGCAGGAUCUUUGACCACUAAGUUUUCAGAAAUUGCUCUUUAUGGAUGAAAGACAUAAACUUAAGUUUGUUGCAGACGGCCACUAACAUUCAAACCAUGGUUCUGACAAUCCAUUCAGUGCAUAUUGUUACAUAUUAUAUUGGCAUAUUAUAUGUUAUCAAAACCAAAUGUGUGAUCUUUAACCACUUUUUAUUGAACGAAUGUGCAUAAUCUGCAUAAUCUGGUGUAAAACAAUGAAAGAGAUUUUUAUGCUAUCAAAAUAAGUUUUAUGUGGAAUUUAUACAAAAUAAAAAAACAGCACUUAAUACAUUUUAUAAUGAAUCUAUACUAAUAAAAAUGUAAUACCAUGUUUUUUGGACAUGUACCAUGGUAUUGGUAUAACUAUAUGAAUAUGGUGUUUAUAAUUAAAGUUUAUUAUGGUAAUUAUGGUAAUAUGGUAUUAUUUUUAAUAGCAUCUUUGUACCAUGGUACUAUCACACUUGAUAAUGUGAGCAUAAGACGCCAUACAUUUUUAUUAUUAUUAUUUUAGGCCAACUAACAACUAUUUCAAUAAUGUUUGUGAAUAUUGCCUUUUUUUUGUCUGUUACAAAUUUGUAGAAUAUUAUGUUUACAUAUAUAUAUACAUACGUAUAUUUGCACAUAUUGACCACAUUUUUUAUGUAUAAAAAAUAAAUGGCUGAUGUUGUACAAUA